AUGAAGCUUUCACGCGCAACUUUGCUGGCCCUGAUAGCGGCCUCGUCGUUGUCAAAUGCGCUGGAUGCGAAUAGCCUGUUGGCAUUGCGUACUAGUUCAGCAGAAGAUGUGACAGUGACAGAGACAAUUUUUGAGACAGUUACUGUGUCCGGAUCUUGGGAGGCAACAAGCAGCCUCCAGACGAGUCUUCUCGAGCAUUCAAUAGCUAUCAAACGCGCAAUUACUCCAUCGACCACCGCUGCGACUCCCGGGUCAUCACCGAUUGGAGCUACAGAGACAAGUACAUCGAUUAUGACAACGCUCCCGGAAUAUAUUUUAGCCAAAAGGCAAAUUCCUCCAGAGUCUCCGCCUAUAAUCACAGGAUCAGCGGGCACAAUCACAGUGACAUCAACAUCAACAAUCACGACCUGUCCUGUAUGCGCAAGUACAUCGACUACACCCACCACAACGCCACCUCCAACGACCAGUAAUCCUGUCACCAUCCCGACAACAGCACCAGGGUCUAAUGUUACUGUGACUGUGACAACCACCGUUCCGGGCCCCACGGAGACUGACACUGUCACCACGACUGUCAGCUUGCCUGGCACCACAGAAACAGACAUACUCAAUAGCACGGUCACUGUUCCGGGGACUGCGGGGACGGAUACUAUCACUACAACCAUUAGCUUACCAGGUACCACGGUGACAGACAUACUCAAUAGCACGGUCACUGUUCCGGGGACUGCGAGGACGGAUACUAUCACUACAACCAUUAGCUUACCGGGUACCACGGUGACAGCCUCUCAGGGUUCAAUCUCGACCACUACUGUCACGACCACCACAACUCAACCAGGGUCAACAUAUACUGUGACCCUAGGCGAUGGAAUGUCUCGCAACACCACCGUCACCAUUACUGCUGAUGGUGGAACAACUGUGACUUCGAUACAGACAGUGACCGACGCAACCACUGUCACGAAAAAUGCAACUACAUUGGUAACUGUCCCAGGGUCUACCGUAACAGUCCCUGGUUCAACAAUAACGGUCGUAACUACAUCGACUGAGAGGACCACCCAAACCGUCACCAUUUCUGGGGUCACAGUAACAGAUACCGCGACAGUAACUGAAACCUCAAUGGCAACAGUUACUGAUCCUGGAGCGACUAUCACUAACACAACCACAUUGACCGAGAUCUCGACCUCGACAGUCACGAACCCAGGAGCAACAGUGACAGACACAACCACUGUGACAGAGGGCACUAGGCAAACCAUUAGCCAGAUUCUAACGACAACGGCCACCGAAACCGUCUUCUUGCCUGGGGCAACCGUGGUGGAUUCGAAGACCAUUACCCUACCUGGCACGACAAUAAUGAACUCGGAAACUGUGGCCCUCACGGUCCCUGGAACAACAGUGACGAAUAUGAAAACAAUCACUGAAUCUGGGACAACGAUGACAGUCUCUGAGGUAGUCACCAUUCCGGGUCCCAUGGCCACGACCAUAAAGACAAUUCCAACUACCCUCCCAGGAUCAACUAUAAUCACCACCAUCACUGAACCUGGACAGACAAUUACCAUGUCCGGAUCUGUCACCACAUUGCCAGGAUCAACUACUGUCCAAACCAAUACUCUUCCUGGCGUCACAACGACGGAUAAACAGACUGUUCCAACAACUAUGCCCGAAGCAACAGUUGUCACUACCAUCACUAAGCCAGCAAGUACCGUGACAGUAUCAGGCGCCGUUACUACUGUACCAGGAUCCACUAUCGUACAGACGACUAGUCUCCCUGGAUCACCAUCAGUUGAGACUGUGUUGGUGACUGUCAUCUAUAGCACCACCAUUUUCAACACAGUAACAUUGGCUGGCUCUGAUAAAACUAUAACCAUCACUGCUCCAACUGCAUCUACAACUCAGACUGGCAACACUGUGACAGUCCCUGGAACCACCACAACGCUAUCCAUCUGUCCAACACUCACGAUCAACCCCACUUACACUCCAGCCGCUCCCCUCCCACGAAACUACACCUGGGGUUGUCCACCAGGCUAUCUCUGUAAACCCAAACACACCGGCGCCGACGCAGGCUGCAACAUCGAAGCCGGUCUGCCAGCCGAGUCAUAUGUCUGCAGUCCGGACGAGUGUAUUAAAAGCCCACCCUUCAUCCACGACCAGUAUUGGGGCACGCCAGUAGAAUCCAAUGAGAUUGGAUCAACCUACAACAUAUCGAAAGACUACUUCAACCUCGACCCUGAGAUCUUCGGCCUGAACUACUCCAUCUUCCGCAUCCCGGAUCUCAGACCUGGCGAUGAGCACUACUACAUCCGGUCCUCUCGUCGAUCAUGGAGCAAACUACUCCCCCGGCAGUCGAUCGGAGUAUCCACCGUGCCUGGCGCUUGUUACGACGAGUGCAACGACGCAGCAUUGGAGGUCGAAUCUACCGGCAAGACACCGGAGAUCUGCAAUGCCGGUUCGGCCUUCAACAUCUCCCUUGGCCACUGUGAGAAGUGCUGUAGCAUCCACAAGACUGCUACCUCUGCCAGCUUUGAGCAAAAGGUUUUGCCGAACUUUCAGCAGUUUUUGAACUUCUGCGAGGGAUUGGAGACCUCGUCGGCUACCACUGCUGCUGCGGAUACGGUCAGUUCCAGCACGAGGAGUGGUCAGGCGUCUACGACCACAGGAACGACAUCCACGCGGAAAGGCGGUAGUCUAAUACAGACUGAUCCAUUACCAGCAUCGACUACCCUAGAUACUACAAACAAGGGGACUAUGGGUCACGAUGACUCUAGCACAGCGGCGGCUACAAGCUUUGCGGAACCGACAGCAAUGUCCUCGCCAUCUCAGCAGGCAAACACAUCACACUCGACAACAGGUCCCGCUUCGGAGAAGACUCCACAGAUCUCUUCCGCUAGCAGCGACACUGGUGAAAGGUCAGCUAGCGCAACAUCGCACAGACCGACAGAUACAAAUUCCGGAGCAAGCCCGUCUACAACUGCAUUACUUUCUACAGGCGCGGCAAGUCCUCAGACGGUGCCAUCUCACUGGAGUAUUCUGGCUCUCGUGUUUGGAGUUGUGGGUUUCCACGUUUGA